AUGGAAGAUAUUAGGACUGUUAAAAAUCUCCUAAUGUUAAAUGACUUCAUGGCGUCUAUAGACCUUAAAGAUGCUUACCUUCUCGUACCAGUUGCGAAAAGUAGUAGAAAAUAUUUAAGGUUUAUUUUCCAAAAUCAAAUGUACCAAUUCAAGUGCCUUCCUUUUGGCUUAUCUAUAAGUCCUUAUAUUUUCACCAAAUUGAUGAAACCGGUUAUGAAUUUUCUGAGAGAAAAGGGAUUCUUGUCAGCAAUCUAUCUUGAUGACAUAAUCUUCAUAGCGAAAUCUUAUGACAUCUGUCGAGAAAGAGUUCUAUGGGCAAAAAAUUUCUUACAAAAACUUGGUUUUGUCACAAAUAAUAAGAAAAGUAGUCUAAUUCCUGCACAACAAUGCAAAUUUCUCGGUUUUAUAGUAAAUUCGGUUGACUAUUCUAUCGAAUUAACAGAUGUAAAAAAGGAGCAUAUUAAAAAUCUUAUUGCUGAAUUUAAAAUAGGGACAGUGUGUAAAAUUAGAAAAUUUGCUAUUUUAUUGGGUACUCUUAAUGCAGCCUGCCCAGCUGUUGCUUACGGACUGUCUCAUUGUAAAAAAUUAGAACGUCAAAAAUUUUUAGACCUAAUGGUAAAUGAUGGAGACUAUGACGGUAAUAUGGUAGUUAAGCCUUAUCUGGAAAAGGACUUGAUUUGGUGGGGAAUAAAUAGUCAAAUUGGCAAAAAUCCGAUAAGAACUGCAAAAUAUAUUAUGGAAAUCUCAUCAGACGCAUCCUUAACAGGGUGGGGGGCUUUCUGUGAUGGAAAAUCAGCCCAUGGCUGGUGGAAUUCCAAUCAUCUUAGAUACAAUAUAAACUUCUUAGAACUAUUAGCUGCUUUCCAUGCCCUCAAAUCAUUCGCGAAUAACUUAAAAAACUGUGAGAUACUCCUAAGAAUAGAUAACACUACAGCCAUAGCUUAUAUUAAUAGAGCAGGCAGUGUUCAGUUUCCAAAGUUGAGUAAUUUAGCGAAGGAAAUUUGGGACUGGUGUGAGCAUAGGAAAAUUUGGAUUUUUGCUAGUUAUAUUUCCUCAAAAGAAAAUUUUCAAGCCGAUGCAGCUUCCAGAAUUACAAAUAUUGACACGGAGUGGGAAUUAUCGAAUAGGGCAUUUAAUUUAAUUCUUAAAAAAUUUGGCUCUUUCACGAUAGACUUAUUUGCAACAUAUGAGAACCGGAAGGUGAAAAAGUUUUGCUCUAGAUUUCCUAACCCGGAGUCCUUCAAAGUAGAUGCAUUUACAAUAUCCUGGGGAAAUGAAAAAGUGUACGCCUUUCCUCCAUUCGCUUUAAUCACUGCAGUGAUUAAAAAAUUCAUUACUGACAGAACUGAGGGAGUGAUCGUAGUACCAAACUGGCCUAGUCAGCCAUGGUUUCCUCUACUUAAGUCGUUGCUCAGAGAACCACCUAUUAUAUUAAAACCUAAUAAUCAUCUAUUAUUGUCUCCUUGUAGAUCCAAAACACAUCCACUGGCAAAGACGCUUUCCCUGGUAGCGGCGUACUUAUCAGGCAAAAAUAUUUAA